GUGCGGAGGGAAGCAGGAAGUGCCUGCGAGUGGAGCCGGCGAGCCAGCGGCUGCGGGCUGAUGGAAGUGGAGUGGGGGCUUGAGAGGGCACCGAACCGUAUCCAGCAUGCUCCAAGGCCACAGCCCUGUGUCCCAGGCCUUGCUGGGGACCUUCUUCACCUGGGGGAUGACGGCGGCUGGGGCGGCUCUCGUGUUCGUAUUCUCUAGCGGACAGAGGCGGAUCUUAGAUGGAAGCCUCGGCUUUGCUGCAGGGGUCAUGUUGGCCGCCUCCUAUUGGUCCCUCCUGGCCCCAGCGGUGGAGAUGGCCAUGUCCUCUGGCGGCUUUGGCGCCUUGGCCUUUUUCCCUGUGGCCGUCGGCUUCACCCUCGGAGCUGCGUUUGUCUACCUGGCUGACCUCCUGAUGCCUCACCAGGGUGCAGCGGAAGACCCCCAGACAGCCCUGGCACUGAACCUCGACCCUGCGUUGAUGAAGAAGUCCGACGCUGAGGGUCCCAGGCUGCUCUUCCCCGAGAGCGAGCUUUCCAUCCGGAUAGGUAGAGCUGGGCUUCUUUCAGACAAGAGUGAGAACGGCGAGGCAUAUCAGAGGAAGAAGGCGGUGACCCCCGACCUCGCAGGGGGCCCCGCCGCCCCCGUGCCGUCCCGAGGGAACCCGGCGCAGCCCGGCGGCAGCAGCUGGAGAAGGAUUGCACUGCUCAUCUUGGCCAUCACCAUACACAACAUCCCAGAGGGCCUUGCUGUUGGAGUUGGAUUUGGAGCUGUGGAAAAGACGGCAUCUGCCACCUUUGAGAGCGCCAGGAAUUUAGCCAUUGGCAUUGGGAUCCAGAACUUCCCGGAGGGCCUGGCUGUCAGCCUCCCCCUACGAGGGGCUGGCUUCUCCACCUGGAGAGCCUUCUGGUACGGGCAGCUGAGCGGCAUGGUGGAGCCCCUGGCCGGGGUCUUCGGAGCCUUUGCGGUGGUGCUGGCGGAGCCCAUCCUGCCCUACGCUCUGGCCUUCGCUGCCGGCGCUAUGGUCUACGUGAUCAUGGAUGACAUCAUCCCCGAAGCCCACGUCAGUGGUAACGGGAAACUGGCCUCCUGGGCCUCCAUCCUGGGUUUUGUGGUGAUGAUGUCGUUGGAUGUUGGUCUGGGCUAGUGCUGAAAUACUCCGGACCCCAGGAAAGGCAGCACGAGGACACGGCCAGGGUUGGCUUCUGCGGGACCACAGCCUCUUUCUUCACAUUGCAAUGUCUUCCCUUUCUCUCCUUUUCAUCUCAUUACCCUGAUGGACUCUGAUUAAAAUAUGAGAAUUUUUAGUUUUCUUUUAAGGGAGAUAGUGGUUUUAUUUGGAAUUUCAAGUAGUCACAGAACGACAGAUUUUUGCGUCUUGGCCACUAAAUGGAAUCUUUCUUCGGUGGGAUAACCAAGGACCUACAGAUCCGGGAACUCUCUGCUUUUGUACCUUCAGUCUCCCUCACUGGAAUCAAUGGCAACUCCUCAAGUUCACCUACAGAAGUAAGCUACCAAGAGAGAAGUCUCCCAAGCAUCUUUGCCUAGUGACUCAGAGCAGAAUGGCCAGGACAUUCCCGAUCUUUUACCAUUGGUCCUCUCUGUCCAUCAAGACUGGAACAGGAGCACUGUGGACAAAGCAAUCUAUUUCCCAAGGCUCAGGGAGGAACAUACCUUCCUCUGCCUCCCCCAGGGGAGGUGCUGCGUGGAAGGAGGCACAGACAAAGGGAAGAAAAUCAGCUAGUCUUUCUCUCUUUCUUUUUCUGUAAGGCAAAGAUUGACACUAUUGAAGUUAAGGGAAUUAGGGUAACUGUGAGCACUCAGUGACCCCUGUGAAGGGAGGACAGGGUGGAGCUUUGAUCAGAGACCUCUGCUCUCUCUGGAUCCCAAGGGCAAACUGGUUUGCCAUGGUUUCCAAGUCCCCCAGACGUGUGCUUUCCAAGUUCCCCAGACAUGUGCUUAGAUAAGCUUAUAGCGUUCACGGUUCUAAGAGACUUGGGGAUACCAGCAAACUGCUAGUACUCAGCCUCUUCAAUUACUUACAGAAGGAGCCACCUCAGCUCAUUUAAGUGAAAGAAAGACAUUUGGAAUCUGCCCUGGGUCCUUCUCUGUUGACCAUUCGGUAACUUGUAACCUGACCCAGCGCGCUUAAGCUGCUUUGUUGGAAUUUGGCCAGAGAGCUCAGGAUGAGAAAGGAAGAGGGGUAGGAAAAGAAGAGGUGUUUUUCACAUGUCCCUUUGAAAGUAAAUUUUAGCCAAGUCAUCAUUCUAAAAUGACCCUAAAGAGUGACUUGAACGAGACUAGAAGCCAGUCUACUCCCUUCUAGACAUAGCUUCUUCUCCACCAGGAGUGACAUACCUUGUCUGCUUCAAACGUAGCUAAGACCCUCCAUCCUCACGGGUCAAAGGAGCAUUUGGGACCUUGAGAGGGUUCUGCUGACAAGCAGGCAGCCUGGGAGCCAGGCAUUCGGACAUGGUGUCGUCAAUGCCUGCCCCGCGUUCACGUCUCAUCGCUUCCAAGGGUGAAUACACUGUGCUGGGGAAACCCUACGACCGUAUGCUGGAUCUGUGUACGUCCUUCCAGAGCACUGAUGAUCAAAACUGAAGACACAUUCAGAGGUUUGAUUGGUGGAAAUUCAUUGGUUUGGUGGUUGGCACGUGGGUGUUUUUACGUCUCUGUAUGUAGUUCUAUAUAAUGCAGGCUUCUUUCUGAUGGACAAGACCUCAUAACUGUGAUUCAUACCAAUAAAGGGAUUAUUGUUGUGGA